AUGACGCGAUGCAGCACCCAUUCUGAGCCCUGGUACAGCACCGAACAGCGCGAGGCUGCGGACACCGCCAUCAAGCGCUCGCUCAUUGCAGGCUCUCUCAUGGUCCUGUUCCUGGCGGGACUGUUCUCCUACAUAGUUCUCAGCACACUCUGGUCGCAAUCACGGCCAGGACCUGUGACCGAAAAAGAGGACGACAGCACGCCGCCGGCGCACUACGAUAGUUACCAGCUUUCCCAACCGACACGUUCAUCGAAUUCGCCCCCGACGGACGUUUCCUCGCCCAACAAAGACUCCUCGGAAAGCACGGAGCGGACGGAGCACUCUUCUACGGACGAAAGUAGCAAAGCAUCGACUGAGAAAGAAGUAACUGUCCUCAACCACUAAGGAAAGGCAGGCAAGACACCGGUCAGCAUGCGACUUCCGAUUGUGCAUACAACUGCCCUGUCUUCCCGUUCGUGCUCAACCAGCCGCAGUCGUGGCCGCGAGCUUGCUUUUCAGGGGCUAGGUUGUAGACCACGCAAUCAUCAGGUCCUCUGCAACGGUCGGCGAGAACAUUCGUGCCUCAUUGCCAGCUGACGACAUUAUUCUCUCGGCGCCGGCGUAUUACGAGCGACAGUGGGAUGUGCGAUAGGAUUUCGAUUUUGCGUGUGGACACAGCGGGAACGCGCGAAUACAUUAGAAUAGCUCAACAAAUGAUCUCGCUCCAUGCACUGUGACCGGGGCAAACAUGUUUAUAAACCCGUCGCAUAAUUUUAUAAAUUUCUUUCUGCUUCGAUUGUGU